CAGCCGCGGGGGCAGCGCCCUCGGGGAGCCGGCCGGCCGGCGGCGGCGGCAGCGGCGGCGUCGUCUCUCGCCUCGUCCUCGACCUCUCUUCUAACCGUGCAGCCUCUCGCUCGGCUUCUCGUGCAAGGGACGGUGGAAGCCGCGGGCCCGGGCGGGAGCCGGCUGAGGCGCGGCGGCGGCGGCGGCGGCGGCGGCGGCACCUCCCGCUCCUGGAGCGGGGGGGAGAAGCGGCGGCGGCGGCGGCCGCGGCGGCUGCAGCUCCGGGGAGGGGGCCGGAGUCGCCUGUCACCAUUUCCAGGGCUGGGGCCGCCGGAGAGUUGGUCUCUCCCCUCCUACUGCCUCCAACACGGCGGCGGCGGCGGCGGCACGUCCAGGGACCCGGGCCGGCUGUAAACCUCCCCUCCGCCGCCGCCGCACCCCCCCCGGCCCGGGCUGCGGAGGCCGCCGGCGGAGGCAGCGGCCGUGCCGAGGAUUCUCCGUCUCCUUCCCGUCCCGCGGCCGCCGCGGCCAGGCCUCUGGCUGCUGAGGAGAAGCAGGCCCAGUCGCUGCAACCAUCCAGCAACCGCCGCAGCAGCCAUUACCCGGCUGCGGUCCAGAGCCAGGCGGCGGCAGAGCGAGGGGCAUCCGCUACCGCCAAGUCCAGAGCCAUUUCCAUCCUGCAGAAGAAGCCCCGCCACCAGCCGCUUCUGCCAUCUCUCUCCUCCUUUUUCUUCAGCCACAGGCUCCCAGACAUGACAGCCAUCAUCAAAGAGAUCGUUAGCAGAAACAAAAGGAGAUAUCAAGAGGAUGGAUUCGACUUAGACUUGACCUAUAUUUAUCCCAACAUUAUUGCUAUGGGGUUUCCUGCAGAAAGACUUGAAGGCGUAUACAGGAACAAUAUUGAUGAUGUAGUAAGGUGUGCUGAAAGACAUUAUGAUACCGCCAAAUUUAACUGCAGAGUUGCACAGUAUCCUUUUGAAGACCAUAAUCCACCACAGCUAGAACUUAUCAAACCCUUUUGUGAAGAUCUUGACCAAUGGCUAAGUGAAGAUGACAAUCAUGUUGCAGCAAUUCACUGUAAAGCUGGAAAGGGACGAACUGGUGUAAUGAUUUGUGCAUAUUUAUUACAUCGGGGCAAAUUUUUAAAGGCACAAGAGGCCCUAGAUUUCUAUGGGGAAGUAAGGACCAGAGACAAAAAGGGAGUAACUAUUCCCAGUCAGAGGCGCUAUGUGUAUUAUUAUAGCUACCUGUUAAAGAAUCAUCUGGAUUAUAGACCAGUGGCACUGUUGUUUCACAAGAUGAUGUUUGAAACUAUUCCAAUGUUCAGUGGCGGAACUUGCAAUCCUCAGUUUGUGGUCUGCCAGCUAAAGGUGAAGAUCUAUUCCUCCAAUUCAGGACCCACACGACGGGAAGACAAGUUCAUGUACUUUGAGUUCCCUCAGCCUUUGCCUGUGUGUGGUGACAUCAAAGUAGAGUUCUUCCACAAACAGAACAAGAUGCUAAAAAAGGACAAAAUGUUUCACUUUUGGGUAAACACAUUCUUCAUACCAGGACCAGAGGAAACCUCAGAAAAAGUAGAAAAUGGAAGUCUAUGUGAUCAAGAAAUUGAUAGUAUUUGCAGUAUAGAGCGUGCAGAUAAUGACAAGGAAUAUCUAGUACUCACUUUAACAAAAAAUGAUCUCGACAAAGCAAAUAAAGACAAGGCCAACCGAUACUUUUCUCCAAAUUUUAAGGUGAAGCUGUACUUCACGAAGACGGUAGAGGAGCCAUCAAAUCCCGAGGCUAGCAGUUCAGCCUCUGUGACGCCGGACGCUAGCGACAACGAACCUGAUCAUUACAGGUACUCGGACACCACUGACUCUGAUCCAGAGAAUGAGCCUUUUGAUGAAGAUCAGCAUACACAAAUUACAAAAGUCUGAAUUUUUUUUUUAAUCAAGAGGGAUAAAACAACAUGACAACAAACUUGAAUAAACUGAAAUUGGACCUUUUUUUUUUUUUAAUGGCAAUAGGACAUUGUGUCAGAUUACCAGUUAUAGGAACAAUUCUCUUUUCCUGACCAAUCUUGUUUUACCCUAUACAUCCACAGGGUUGUGACACUUGUUGUCCAGUUGAAAAAAGGUUGUGUAGCUGUGUCAUGUAUAUACCUUUUUGUGUCAAAAGGACAUUUAAAACUCAAUUAGGAUAAAUAAAGAUGGCACUUUCCCAUUUUAUUCCAGUUUUAUAAAAAGUGGAGACAGACUGAUGUGUAUACGUAGGAAUUUCUCAUUUUGUGUUCUGUCACCAACUGAAGUGGCUAAAGAGUUUUGUGAUGCACAGGUUCACAUCCUACCCCUUUGCACUUGUGGCAACAGAUAAGUUUGCAGUUGGCUAAGAGGAGUUUCUCAAGGGUUUUGCUACAUUCUAAUGCAUGUAUUCGGGUUAGGGGAAUGGGGGGAGUGCUCAGAAAGGGAUAUCUGUCAUGCUGGACUCUGGACCAUAUACCAUCUCCAGCUACUUCACGCACCUUUCUUUAGCAUGCUACAGUUGUUAAUCUGGACAUUUGAGGAAUUGGCCGCUGUCACUGCUUGUUGUUUUGUGCAUUUUAUUAUUUUUUUUAAAGCAUAUUGGUGCUAGAAAAGGCAGCUAGAGGGAGUGAAUCUGUAUUGGGGUGCAGGAAUGAACCUUCCACAACUUCUUAAGAAUCCACAAAUGAAGGGAUAUAAAAAUAAUGUGGUCAUAGAUAAGAAACACAGCAACAAUGACUUAACCAUAUAAAUGUGGAGGCUAUCAACAAAGAAUGGGCUUGAAACAUUAUGAAAAUCGACAAUGAUCUAUCAAAUACAUUUUCUCAGUUGUAACGAGUGCUCCAUCUCCCGUGUAAUCAAGGCCAGUGCGAAAAGUCAGAUGCUGUUCGUACCGACAUCAGUCAACCACGUACACUUACUUUAUUAGUUUUCAAUCAUACACCUGCUGUGGAUGCUUCAUGUGCUGCCUGCAAGCUUUUUUUCCUCAUUGAGUAUAAAACAUUUUGUAAUGCUGCACAGGAAAUUUCAAUUUGAGAUUCUACAGUAAGCGUUUUUUUUCCUUCAAAGAUUUAUGAUGCACUUAUUCAAUCCAAUAGCUGUCAGCCGUUCCGCCCUUUUGACCUUACACAUUCUGUUACAAUGAGUUUUGCAGUUUUGCACAUUUUUUAAAUGUCAUUAACUGUUAGGGAAUUUUACUUGAAUACUGAAUACAUAUAAUGUUUAUAUUUAAAAGGACAUUAUUUGUGUUAAAAAGGAAAUUAGAGUUGCAGUAAAUUUUCAACACUGCACAAAUAAUGAGGCAUUUACUUUUUCAGUAGAAAUUGUCCCACAUAACGCUUUUAUCGAUUUUUAUUGAAAGAAUAGAUUUUUUUUUUUAACGUGCAGUGUUGAAUCAUUUCUUCAUAGUGCUAGACUUAGGACUAGGGCUUCAAUUUCACUUCUUAAAUAUCGUAUAUUUGAUAUGCCCAGACUGCAUAUGAUUCUAAGCAGAAUACAACUACUAUUGUAAAGCUAAUGUGAAGAUACUAUUUAAAAAGAAGUUUUUUCCCCCAGAAAUUUGGUGUCUUUCAAAUUAUACAUUGACCUUGAAACAUUUGAAUAUCCAGCCAAUUUACUCCUUAAUGGUAUAAAAUCUCAUUUUCAAUAACUUAUUGGUGCUGAAAUUGUUCACUAGCUGUGGUCUGACCAGUUAAUUUACAAAUACAGAUUGCAUAGGACCUACUAGAGCAGCAUUUAUAGAGUUUGAUGGUUAAAUAGAUUAGGCAGAACUUCAUCUAAAAUAUUCUUAGUAAAUAAUGUUCACAUGUUUUCCAUACCUCAUCAGUUUCAUUCAACAAAUAAAGUUUUUAAAUUUUUAACAAAGCUCUUAGGAUUUACACAUUUGUAUUUAAACAUUGAUAUGUAGAGAAUUGAUUGACUGCUCAUAAGUUAAAUUGGUAAAGUUAGAGACAACUAUUCCUAAGAUCUCAGCAUUGAAAUUUAUAUGCCACCUUAUCUUUCAUAAAAGCUGAAAAUUAUUGACUAAAAUGAAAAUCAACUAUUCGUGUUUUGAUGAUAGUUAUUAAUACUGUUAAUUUGUUACAGUUUUGGGCACGGUAUAUUAAAACAUAAUUUGUGUUGUUCCAAUAUGUAACAUGGAGGGCCAGGUCAUAAAUAAUGACAUUAUAAUGGGCUUUUGCACUGUUAUUAUUUUUCCUUUGGAAUGUGAAGGUCUGAAUGAGGGUUUUGAUUUUGAAUGUUUCAAUGUUUUUGAGAAGCCUUGCUUACAUUUUAUGGUGUAGUCAUUGGAAAUGGAAAAAUGGCAUUAUAUAUAUAUAUUAUAUAUAUAUAAAUAUAUAUUAUACAUACUACUCUCCUUUAUUUCAGUUACCAUCCCCAUAGAAUUUGACAAGAAUUGCUAUGACUGAAAGGUUUUUGAGUCCUAAUUAAAACUUUAUUUAUGACAGUAUUCAUAAUUAGCCUGAAAUGCAUUCUGUAGGUAAUCUCUUUGAGUUUCUGGAAUGUUUUCUUACUUAGACUUUUUGGAUGUGCAGCCGCUUACAUGUCUGAAGUUACUUGAAGGCAUCACUUUUAAGAAAGCUUACAGUUGGGCCCUGUGCCAUCCCAAGUCCUCUGUAGCUCCUUGCAAACAUUUUUUUUUUUUGCCAUAAUUAUUACAGGGCAGUUGAAUACAUAGCAUCCCCGUUCUUUGCUGUGGCACAGGUUAUAAACUUAAGUGGAGUUUACCGGCAGCAUCAAAUGUUUCAGCUUUAAAAAAAUAAAGAGUAGGGUACAAGUUACAUGUUUAGUUCUAGAAAAUGUGUGCAAUAUGUUCAUAACGAUGGCUGUGGUCGCCACAAAGUGCCUCGUGUACCUUUACAUACUGUUGACGUGUCAUGCAUGCAGACGGAGGGGGUGGGACUGUGCUCGGGAGUGGGGGCUCUCGCCGCCGCGUCUGGCGGAGCGGCCUUCCUCCCUGCCGGUUCGCAAGUUCAGUCUGUUUCCAUAGAGAAUCUAUAUACUCAACAUUUCAGUCUGUUAAACAGCCUUACUCUGAUUCAGCCUCUUCAGAUGCUCUUGUGCUGUGCAGCAGUGGCUCUGUGUGUAAAUGCUAUGCACUGAGGAUGCACAAAACACGAUGUGUGCGGGAUAAUGCCUCAUACCAAUCAGAUGUCCGUUUGUUAUUGUGUUUGUUAACAGCCCUUUAUCUCUUAGUGUUAUAAACUCCACUUAAAACUGAUUAAAGUCUCAUUCUUGUCA